AUGCAGUCAAAUCUUCGUAUCUUUAGAACCCUAAUCCACCGAAUCAACAACAUUAAUAACGGCACGACGCGAUUGUACUACACAAAUCGACUGAACAAGGAGUCAUUGUACUCUAGAAUCAGUCCUCUAGGAAACCCUAGCCUGAAUUUGACCCCAGAGCUCGAUGAAUGGGUCGAGAAAGGCAAAAAGGUUCGAUUCGGUGAGCUCAAGCGCAUCAUUCACGAUCUCCGCAAGCGCAAACGCUUUUCUCAAGCCCUCCAGUCAAAUCUUCGUAUCUUUAGAACCCUAAUCCACCGAAUCAACAACAUUAAUAACGGCACGACGCGAUUGUACUACACAAAUCGACUGAACAAGGAGUCAUUGUACUCUAGAAUCAGUCCUCUAGGAAACCCUAGCCUGAAUUUGACCCCAGAGCUCGAUGAAUGGGUCGAGAAAGGCAAAAAGGUUCGAUUCGGUGAGCUCAAGCGCAUCAUUCACGAUCUCCGCAAGCGCAAACGCUUUUCUCAAGCCCUCCAGUUGGAGAGAAAAGGGAAAUCAAUUUAUUACAUGGAACAGUAUCCUCGAGGAACCUGCACUCACUGUUGGUUUGAUAUCCCUGCCAUCCAAGGGAGGUGGAGAGAACAAGACUUCAAGUCUCAUCCAAGGGAGGUGGAGAGAACAGGACUUCAAGUCUCAGUUAGGACAUGGGCAUGUCUGCAUUUGGAGAGAAAAGGGAAAUCAAUUUAUUACAUGGAACAGUAUCCUCGAGGAACCUGCACUCACUGUUGGUUUGAUAUCCCUGCCAUCCAAGGGAGGUGGAGAGAACAAGACUUCAAGUCUCAUCCAAGGGAGGUGGAGAGAACAGGACUUCAAGUCUCAGUUAGGACAUGGGCAUGUCUGCAUGUUUCCGAGUGGAUGAAGAAAAAAGGUAUCUUUUCAUUUACGCCAAUUGAACAUGCAGUGCAGUUGGAUCUCAUUGGUAAGGCCCAUGGGUAUGUUCAUGCGGAAGGCUAUUUCAAUAACUUGAUGGACCAAGAGAAAACUGAUAAGACAUACGGUGCUCUCCUGCAUUGUUAUGCCCGACAACGCCAAACUGACAAGUCCCUGUCUCAUCUGCAGAAAAUGAAGGAGAAGGGCUUUACUUUGUCACCCCUUACUUACAAUGACAUUAUGUGCCUUCACACAAAUAUCAGUCAACAUGAGCAGGUCCCUGAGAUUUUAACCGAGAUGAAGGAAGAUGGAGUUCCCCCUGAUAAUCUGAGCUACAGAAUCUGCAUCAAUUCAUAUGGAGUCAGAUCAGACAUUGAAGGAAUGGAAACAAUUUUGAAAGAAAUGGAGAGCCAAUCACGCAUUGUCAUGGACUGGAACACAUAUACAGUUGUGGCAAAUUUCUACAUUAAGGCAGGCAUAAAAGAUAAGGCAAAUCAAUUCCUAAAGAAAGCAGAGGAGAGGCUAGACAAUAAAGAUGGUCUUGGCUACAACCAUCUUAUCUCACUCCAUGCUCAGCUGGGAAAUAAGGGCAAGGUCCACAGGUUAUGGGAUCUUGAGAAGAGUGCUUGUAAGAGGUGCAUCAACAGGGAUUAUAUAAAUAUGCUGGAAUCUCUGGUGAGGCUUGGCGAACUCGAAGAAGCAGAGAAAUUGCUGAAGGAGUGGGAGUCAUCUGGAAACUGCUAUGAUUUUCGAGUACCAAACACCAUCAUUGUUGGGUAUACUAACAGGCACUUAUACAAAAAAGCUGAGGCAAUGCUUUUAGAUGUGAUGGAGAAAGGAAACGCUCCAACACCAGAUAGUUGGGGCAGGGUUGCAGCAGGGUACCUGUAUAAAGGUGAGAUGGAGAAGGCUUUGGAAUGCAUGAAAGCAGCACUUUCUUUACAUGUGAAAAAUAAAAGAUACAAGCCUAACCUUAAGGUAAUUACAAGCAUAUUGAGUUCGCUAGGCGAGAAAGGCAGCAUUGAAGAUGUUGAAGCUUUCAUUGAUUCCCUGAGGACUGUUAUCUCAAUAAACAGACAGAUGUAUCAUGCCUUGAUGAAAGGUUACAUCAAAAGUGGUAAAGCAGUUGAUGGACUUUUAAACAGCAUGAAAGCUGAUCAAAUAGAUGAAGAUGAAGAAACAAAGAUGAUUCUAGGAAUGAAGCAGAACACAAGUUAA